AUGCGCAAAAAGACUGGUGACAGUGAUGAUGAGAGCCUCACAAUUUCAAUACACAAAGGCACAAAAGUCUGGAUAACAGGUCCAAGUGGUUGCGGUAAAUCUUCGCUGAUACGAGUGCUGGCCAAACUAUGGCAACAUGAAGACGGCAAGCAACAUUUUUAUUUUUUAUGAAUUAUAAGAUGCGCGGUAAAACGAGGUAAAAUUUUACGACUUUCGCAAGUACCAUAUUUUCCAUCUGGUCGACUCAGUCUCUUCCAACAAAUUAUUUUCCCGGCUGUCGGUAUUGCUGCCGAUCAGGAAACAAACAACAAUGGUGAGGAUUUCUCUGUGGAUGAUGCAUUGAUUAGCGGUAUCCUGAAUAAUCUGCAACUUUCCUGGAUAAUUGAACGCUGUGGAGGCCUGUACAGUCCGGUGGAAUUCGAAUGGCAGGACACACUAACACCAGGCGAGCAACAGCGGCUUGCGUUCGCUCGAGUAAUUUACCAACGACCAGAACUGGUAAUCCUGGACGAGUCAACGAGCAGCGUCGGUGUAGAUGUUGAGGAACUUAUUCGUUUCUAA